CUGGAAUUGGCACCGAGCCCUGGAAAACAGUCUGGAGAGGGAGUGGAGAUUUAAAUCCCUUUGGCAGCAGGCCUUACUGCGUCCAGUCUUGUACCAAGUACGACUCGGAGUCUGAAAAGUUGGCUCGGAGCUUGAGGAAGCAGGCAAGGAGUGUUUCUGGGGAGGGAGAUGGGGGGUGUUGUUGUACACACAAGGGAACAGAUUUAACAACUGCACAGAGCUGGCAAUGAUUAAUCUGUUCCUUUUCGGAGGAGGGAAGGAAGGGGCAGAAAAUAAAUAGAAAGGUGUGUGCUUCAGGGAGCGGGCAGGGUGGGGGCACCUCUGCAGCCAACACCUUUUGUUGGGGGGGGAGAGGGUCACAUGACUCACUGCUCCAAAGGUAACAGGAAGUUGUUGUGAUUAAGGUAACCUUUGCAAUCAUGAGCUCCCCGGAGGCAAGGGAAUAGGAGCCGUCCAGGGAUCCAGGAGGGACGAAAAUCAAGGUAAGAGAGAGAGAAAUAACUUGUGUUGUGGGUGCCCCUCCUGCCCUCCUCACCCUUGAUGAAAUGAUCCAGAAAGGGAGGGUUUGCUUUUUGCAGCGAAAACGUUGCGGGUCCUGGUGCACAGAGGGGCGCGUGCCAUUAAGCCCUACUCAGAGUAGACGCUUUCGAAUAAGGGUGUGGCUUACUCAGUGUGGACAAGGCUGGGUUAGAUGGACCGAGGGUCUGUCUCUGUAGAAGGAAACCUCCUGGGUUCCUGUUCAAACCAGCCCUUUGUUUAGAACAAUGAGGACUAGGACCUUGCUUUAUUUUUUAGUGGUAGAGCACCCAUAGACAAUGGCAUUGCAAAACUUGGUUUUUAAUUUUGAAGGGCAGCUGUGAUUCGGUUCAGGCAUUUUUUUAAAAAGCGAAAAUUCAGUAAGUUCCUCUUUAAAUGCAAACUGAGAUUCCUCACCCAUCCCUAGUGGUCAGAGCAAUGUGUUUCCUCCUCCUCUCAUCUUGCUACAAUUUGGGGAGCAUCCGAGGGAAGUAAGCAGAACACCUGUUUCGCAUGGUCCCGAGUUCAAAUCCCCAGAUAGGGCUGGAGGAGAGUUUCUGUCUGAAACCCUCGAGAGCUGCUGCCAGUCAGUGCAGGGAAUACUAAGGUCAAUGGGCCCAAGGCCCAUGUUCCUGUGACCCACUGAAAGUAAUGAAGAGAAUGUUAUACAUGAAUAAAAAUUUUGUCCGAGUGCGAAGGCAAUUACGGUAAUAUGGGUUAAUUGCCUUGCAAAAGAAUUCACACCUCCGAAUUUUGCAAUGCAGUUCUCCGGCUCAGUUGUUGUUGGCAUCUGAGAGACAAUGGAGUGCGCCUCCGGGGGUGAAUUCAAACCACUCAAGUGAUGUCCCUGGGGUGCAAGUCUGGGCUGUGUGUCUGGAGGUCCUGGGCUGCCCCAGGUGAAAAGACCCCCCUCUCAGCUUCACUGAUGGGGUCCAAAGGAAAGCCGAGCAAGACGCCUGGCACCUGUUUGGCUGCAGGAUUUCCUAGAAAGAGGCAGUUAAGGCACCAUCUAAACACUUUAGGGACUCCACUCUGGAUUUGUGGGGUUUUAAUCCUUUGCAGCAGAGGUUGAGGACCAGAGUUUUCCUUCUCCAGCUGAGUAAUGCAUAUAAAAAAUGUGUAUAUGAGGGCAAAAUGCACCAAAGAAUUUUUUAUUUUUAUUUUUUAAAAAAAGCAUUAGAACUCAUUCUAUUAAGGGAAUUGCUUUGCACAAAUGUGUCCAUGGGGCAGAAAUUGCAUCCAAAAUGUGUAUACAGUGGUACGUUGGGUUACAUACGCUUCAGGUUACAGACUCUGCUAACCCAGAAAUAGUACCUCGGGUUAAGAACUUUGCUUCAGGAUGAGAACAGAAAUCGUGCUCCGGCGGCGCGGCAGCAGCAGGAGGCCCCAUUAGCUAAAGUGGUGCUUCAGGUUAAGAACAGUUUCAGGUCAAGAACAGACCUCCGAAACGAAUUAAGUACUUAACCCGAGGUACCACUGUAUUGGGAACAAUUCGUGCUUUAAAAAAUGCUGUUGAGUUUUCACAAUGACUUAUACAAAUAUAUCACAAUCUGAGUCUGAAAUGCUGGAAAGCUGCUGCCAGUCAGUGUAGGAGGGCAAAAAGCCCUGUUUAAACUCAAUGAGGACUAGAAUCUUGAUUUUUCUUUAGGGCGAAGGACCCUAGAUCAGUGGGAGAGACUCCAGCUUGAAAGUAAUCAGGGAAAGUGCUUUAUACAAUCCCUAAACAGAGCAGCCACGCUCUGAGUUGCAGCCACCCAAAACCCGAUUUUGCCCCUUCUUCGCUCUGAGCGACUUUUUAAACUGGGGAGUUUUGAUUAUCCUUUUCUCAUUUCCUUUUGCCAAACUUGAUGCUGAACCACAAAGCUCUCAUGCGGCUCAGAAAUCCAAGGGCCGCAAAGCAGAACAGGAGGCAUCUUUUAAAAACAAUUAAAUUAAAAAACCCAUGCAUGCACAUACACAAGAAAAAUUCCUUGCAACUGCAAGGAAUGCAGCUUUCAAACUAGCUCAGGGAGCGUAUCUCAAGUUUCCAGAAAUGCACCCAUUGUUUGGCAAAUCACUCCCUUCUCUGCGUAAUGAUUGUUGCCUUUUGGAACCUCGGGUCUCAGCCAGGCGGCCGGGGAGAGCCCAGCUUGCAAGGUCUGAAAAGAAACAUUCCUUAUCGCCAGUUUGCAUUCGUGGAGGAAAUGUUCUGCGCUCUCUCUCUCUCUCUCAAACUGAAAAAAUUCUGAACGCCAGUAAAUUAGAAGCCUCAAGGCUGCGAGGGAAAUGUGGCCUUUGGAACUGGGAGAGCUGAAAGCGACAGAGCCAUCCUUAGCCCUAACCAUGCCUACUCAGGAGUAAAUCAUAUUUAAUUCAGUGAGGCUUGUUCUUAGGCAGCAAUGGAGAGACUCCCCUAUGAAGAUAGUUGGCAGUGUUUUAGUUUUAGACAAAAGGUGAGUGGGAACAUGAUAAAGGUAAAGGGACCCCUGACCAUUAGGUCCAGUCAUGGCCGACUCUGGGGUUGCGGCACUCAUCUUGCUUUACUGGCCGAGGGAGCCGGCGUUCAGCUUCCGGGUCAUGUGGCCAGCAUGACUAAGCCACUUCUUUUUUUUUUCUUUUUUUUUUAAAUAAUAUUUAUUACUUUUCCAACAAUUUAAACACUACCAAAAAAAAUGAACAAUACAAUACAAUACAAUACAAUACAAUACAAUACAAUACAAAAACACUACAUAACACUAACACAUUAAACUAACAAAACAAAAACAGUUUAAAACACAUCAAACAAUUUCAAUAUCUUAUCUUUCAUUCACUUAUUUCAAUGACCUCCUCACACCUCCCUUUUGUAUCUAUGUAUCUAUGUAUCCCUAUGUAUCUACUUGCACUUUGACUUGCUUUCGAACUGCUAGGUGGGCAGGAGCAGGGAGCGAGCAACGGGAGCUCACCCCGUCGCGGGGAUUCGAACCGCCGACCUGAUCGGCAAGCCCUAGGCUCUGUGGUUUAGACCACAGCGCCACCCGUGUCCCCAGGAACAUGAUAGAAAUAUGCAAAAUUGUGUGUGGCCUGGAGAAAGUGAAUAGGGAAUAGUUCUGGUGGGCAUCCAAUGUUGGAAGAAUCAAGGCAGUUGAAAGAAAGUGCAUGCAGAACAUGUUAAAUUGUGGAGGCAGUGAUGGCCUGGGCGGCAUUAAAAGAGGAGUAGACAAAUUCACAUACCCUCUAACAUUUUGGGCAAGCAAAGUGACACACACACACACACACCAUCAGGGUCUCUGCUCUCUUUCUCUGGUAUGUUCCUGAUCAUUCUCACAAUUUCUGCCAUUAUUGUUAUUAUUAUUAUUAUUAUUAUUAUUAUUAUUAUUAUUAUUAUAUCUCCCCUUUUUUCCUUGACGGGGACUCAUGCCAGCUUAACGCUAAAUUUUUAAUCCAAUUCUGUUUAUCUGCGGGAGGUGUUGCACAUAAUCCCUUCCCUCGUACGUUAUUAUUUUUUCCUUUGCAACAACCCUGCAAGAUAGGUGAGACGGAGAGGUUGCCAUUGGCUCAAGGUGACCGAGGUUGAUGGCUACAAUUUUGUGAAUGGCCUUUAAUUGCACAGCCUCACUUGACGAAAACCAGGCUCUGGAAGACGAAUUGUCUGGGGGCCGAAUUCGAGGAUUCAGCCGGUGGAAGGCCACCAUUGUGCCUUCUUCCAUUGGUGAAGGGUUGGAAGAGAGAGAGAGAGAGGAAGGAAGGAAGGAAGGAACUUCUGAAUGCUGGGAGGUGUCGCUGGCCGCUAGUCCCUAGGGAGGAAGCCUCGUCCCAUUCAGAGACGGCUCCCGUCCUGGCAUGCGCUGGGCGGACGACAGCAGGGGACGCAAACAAGAGCAAGUGGAUCAUUUAUUUAGCAGGCGAAAGGCGAGAGCCGGGCUCCGGUGUCCUGCUUUGUCUUCGCAAGGAACGGCCUUGAGAUCCAGGUGCAGGAGAGAGAGGAAGGAAAGGGACAACGAGGGGGUGACCCAACUGGCACUCUGGGGCUGAGGUCGCCGGCGGGACGGCUGGCAAGGGUAAGAGAGACUGCAAACAACUCUUUUGUGAGGCUGGGGAGGUCUGGGCUGCCGCAGGGGGGAAAUCGACCCCCUUCUUGCAACCAUCAGACUCAGCGGUCAGGAUUUCCGUUCAAUUCUUUGCGGCUUCUGUAUUCCCACCUUUUUCUCUCUCUCCAUGAAGUUGGGCUGGACGUAGAUUUCUCCCUCUCCUCGUUUCAUCUCCACAACAACCCUGUGAGGUAGGUUAGGCUGUGAGAGGCGCUCCAGCUCUGACCCAGUGAGCUUGAUGGCCAAGUGGGAGGAUUUGAACCCUGGUUUCCCAGGUCUUAGUCUGUUGUGGGGGUGGGGGGAGGCAAUGGUCAGUGUCUGAAGGGUCUCAGGGGAGGAAAGGGUCCCGAGUCCAAUCUCUGGCAUCUCCAAGCAGCGAUUUGGGGGUGGGAGGAGGGACUCGAUUCAGUUCGCAUUCGAAGGGCCGCCAACUCACCUUGUUUUUGAAACAAUACACGAACAGCAACUCCACCGUCGUUGAGAAGUUGCCCCUCUCCAAAUUUGCAGCAAAGCGAGGUGUACAAAAAUGCAUUGUAUGUAUAUGUAUGUACACACACAGAGAGAGAUGAUACAUCAGUGAAACUGAAAGAUGAAUUAGAGUAGCAGGGAACUGCCUUGCAAAAAAGAAAAUGUGUUUGCCAUGCAAAAUUGCAUGUGCUAAAAUAAAAAAUUGUCCAGUAGCACCUUAUAGACCAACUAAGUUUGUUCUGGUGUAAGCUUUCGUUUGCAUGCACAAUUCUUCCAAUGAAUGCACACAGAAGCUUAUACCCAGAACAAACUUAGUUGGUCUCUAAGGUGCUACUGGACAAUUUUUUAUUUUUUUAUAUUUCGACUGUGUCAGACCAACACAGCUACCUAUCUGAAUCUAGAUGCAUAUGCUAAAACGCGGAUGAAUUUCCAUAAGGGCGUUUCUCCCUCAUGAAAGUUCAGCUACCCACGUUUCCACAUCGGUUCACGAUUUUUUUCUUAAUUGAAACAUGGGAUUGUAGAGUUGUGAGGGAUCCAGAGGAUCAUUUCGCUCAACCCGCUUCAGUGCAGGAAUCCUGCCUUGGGUGGGCUCGAACCACCGACCUUGCUGACCCCACUGCACCAGGGAACAAAUAAUCAAUAAUCAAUCCACCACCUUUUAAAAUAUAUAUAUUUCAUGGGAGCCUCCUAGAGUGGUUAAGGCAACCCAGCCAGAUGGGUGGUAUAUUAUUACUACUAGUUUUUAAUGUAUGAUAUUUUAGUGUUUUUUGGUUUCUAUGGAAGCCGCCCAGAGUGGCUGGGGAAACCCAGCCAGAUGGGCAGGGUACAAAUAAUAAAUUAUUAUUACUACUACUACUACUACUACUAUUUUCUAGAGGUGCUGGAACUCACCAUGAAUGCCUCCCUUGUUCUCUUAUAAUGGCAAUGGCACCCACCUGAGUUCCAGCGAGUUCCUGCUGGGGAAAAAUCUAUUGUUAAUAUUAGGCUGUGUAUUCAAAUACACUUUUGUAAUCGAUUGCCAUUAUUAUUAUUAUUAUUAUUAUUAUUAGGCUGUGUAUUCAAAUACAGUGGACACUCGGGUUGCAGACGUGAUCCGUGCGGGAUGCACAUUCGCAACCCACAGCAUUCGCAACCCGCAGCUGCACAUGCGCAGGUUGCAAUUCGGCACUUCUGCGCAUGCGCAACUGCCGAAACCCGGAAGUAACCUGUUCCGGUACUUCCGGGUUUUGGCGGUCUGUAACCCGAAAAAACGCAACCUGAAGCGUCUGUAACCUGAGGUAUGACCGUAUGCCUUGGUAACCGCCUUCACUUGCCCAAAUGAAAAGCUCUCAGAGAUGCUCAGCAUAUCCCUUUGCGUUCCUCUCCAGGUCUCCUCCUCCUCGAAGGUCCUUCCCAGGGGUUUGUGACGCUCUGGCUGCCAGCCCCCCCCCUAAGCAUGUAUAGCACCAAGAAGCCCUACAACAGCCCGCCCACCGGUUAUGGGCCCCCCGGCGAGGACUACGGCUACGACAUCCACUCCCCUCCGCCGGGCUCCUACUACAUCGAAGACGUCCCACAGCACUUCUACAAGUGGAACUCUCCCCCCGGGAUCGUGAGGAUCCUGGAGGGCGUGGGGGUCCUCCUCUGCGUCGCCAUCUUUGCCUGCGUGGCCUCCACCCUGUCCUGGGAGUACGGCUAUGGCUAUGGCUACGGGGGCUCGAUGGGCAGCUACUACGGCGGAGGCAUGGGAGUCUACGGUGGGAGCACCUACGGCGGGAUGGGCAUGGGGUACUACGGAGGCAUGGCCAACCCGCGCUCGGCCAACGGCUUCAUGCUCGCCAUGUCGAUCCUCUGCUUCAUCGCCCUGCUGGCUCUCGCCAUCACCAGCCUCACCAAGUCCAGCGGCUCUCGCUCCCGGAGGUUCUACCUGGUGGUGCUGGUGUUGUGCGCCAUCAUGGCGUUCAUCAUGCUGAUCGCCUCCAUCGUCUACGUCGUGGGGGUCAACCCGCGGGCUCAGAUGUCCAGCAACUACUACGUCAACCCCAUGCUGGCCAUGUGCAACUCGGUCUACACCACGGGGGUCUACGCCAACCAAUACCUCUACCACUACUGCAUGGUGGACCCUCAGGAGGUAAGGGAGGUCCUAAGGGCAACAACGUGGAAACAGGGCCUUUCCUGUGGAGGUUCCCCAUUUGUGGGACACUCCCCGGAGUGGCUUGCCUGGCGCCAUCCCAUCAGCAGCCAGAGUCAGGCCAGCAAUUAAAAAAACACCACUCUCAGUGAAAUGAACUCUUUCAUUCAAAGAAACCAAAAUGGCGCAGGCCUAGUGAUCACAGCAUCUCUUCCCAGUAGGUCAGCUGCAAGAACUGAAGGUCCCCGCCUUCCCACCACUGUCUAAGUCUUCUCCUCCUCCUCUCCUGGGUCUUUCCAAAGCAAUCUGAGACAUCUUCACCUUGCUUAUCUCUCCCCCGCUCUUUUCAUGCCUCUUCUGGUUCUGGGAGAGCAGAGGGGAGGGGAGCUGGUUGCAGCAGGAGGGGGAGACCCCUGACUUCUUUGAAAGCUUGUCUCAUCUCUGGCCUCUGGCCUCUCCAUCCUGACUCUAAUUCUGGACUUCUUUCUGCUACCAACUCUCCCUGCUCACGAAACCCUGUUACCCUUUCAGCUUCUGACACCUCCUACCCCUGUGGCUUCUCCCUGUUCUCCCUCUGACCACUUGUCAUCGUCCCACCACAAAUCCCCGGGCUCUGAGCCUUCUUUCCCUGGGGGUUCCCCGCUUUUAAGGUGUGUAUGUUGUUGUUUUUUGUAAGUCGUUCUGUGAGUCACCACAGCAAAGAAAGAAGCAGAAGCAGCAACCAAUAAAAUGAGCUAAUAAUAGUACAGUGGUACCUCGGGUUACAUAUGCUUCAGGUUACAGUCGCUUCAGGUUACAGACUCCGCUAACCCAGAAAUAGUGCUUCUAGUUAAGAACUUUGCUUCAGGAUGAGAACAGAAAUCGUGCUCCUGCGGCCCGACGGCAGCAGGAGGCCCCAUUAGCUAAAGUGGUUCUUCAGGUUAAGAACAGUUUCAGGUUAAGAACAGACCUCCGGAACGAAUUAAGUUCUUAACCCGAGGUACCACUGUAUAGUGUAAAUAAAGAGUAGUUUAGAAACGGUGACUGCCCUUUGGGGACUCACCCUUUGGGGAUGCGGGUGGCGUUGUGGGUUAAACCACAGAGCCUAGGACUUGCCGAUUAGAAGGUCGGCGGUUUGAAUCCCCACGACGGGGUGAGCUCCCGUUGCUCGGCAGAAGGAGGCCCCAUUAGCUAAAGUGGUGCUUCAGGUUAAGAACAGUUUCAGGUUAAGAACAGACCUCCGGAACGAAUUACUGUAUUUUUUGCACCAUAACACUCACUUUUUUCCUCCUAGAAAGUAAGGGGAAAUGUCUGUGCGUGUUAUGGAGCAAAUGCCUACGGAUGGCGGGGGGAUCUGCUGCAGUCGUGAGCAGAGGAUCCAUGGUUCCCCUUCCUUCCCUCCUCCGUGGCUCGCUUUGAAACAGCAAAGCGGGAGAAGAGCCGCUGAGUGGGGAGGAGAGAGGGACAGAGAGCCUGCUUCUUUAAAGGAGCAAAGCGGGAGAGGAGAGGAGCCGCUUACAUGAGUGUAAGCGGCUUCUGUCCGGUUGGUUCCUUUAAAGCAAGCAGGCUCUCUGUCCCUCUCUCCUCCCCACUCAGCUCGCUAAAUAGCAUUAUUAGCAGCAUCCUUCUCCACACACCCCAGGCGUGCUCCUUGUCCCUUGAGUGCUUUUCCUUCCCUCCCCACUUAAAACAUGGUUACAAAGCACGGAUCCACAUGGAUCCUCAGGAUUUUUGCACUGGGUCACCCCAAAUUCACCAUCAGAUCACAUAGCAUGUCCAUGGCUACAUCUUGCACCAAAAAAAUCACGCACCCACUGUUGCCUGGGGUCGCAGUGGUGCAAAAACGUGGUUACAAAGCACGGAUCCACAUGGAUCCUCAGGAUUUUUGCAUUGGGCUACUCCAAACUCACUGUCAGAUCACAUGUCUGUGGCCACAGCAUGAACCACAAAAAUCAUACAUCCACUGUUUCGUUUAGAAUAUUUUUUUUCUUGUUUUCCUCCUCUAAAAACGACGUGCGUGUUAUGGUCUGGUGCGUGUUAUAGAGCGAAAAAUACGGUAAGUACUUAACCUGAGGUACCACUGUAAUUAUAAUUCCCAGCAGAAUGAGCUGGUGUGAGCAACAGACAGAGAGGGGAUCCAAUUUGGCCCAUGGAGGAUUACCCCGUCCAGGAUUACCAGCCAUGCUGGACCCAGGGGUUUCUGGGACUUGUAGUCCAGAGAGCCUCCACCCCUGCUCUAAGCAAACUUCCCUGACCCUGAUGCCCUCCAGAUAUGCCUGGACUUCUUCCAUCAUGCCUGACCCCUGGGGACAGCUGGCUGGGGCUUCUGGGAGUUGGAGUCCAACAUCAUCCCUGGGGCUGCUGGUUACCCCUCCAUUCAUUCUCCCCAGCCUUUUGGUGCUUGUCUUGAUGCAGGCAAGUUGCUAGACCUCAUGAGUGCUUGGAUGGCACCUGUAGGAUUCCAGAAGCCCAUUUUUCUGGCUGGAGGAAGAUUCCCAGGGAGGAAGGAUGGGGGGGAGUUGGGUAUGUGGGGAGGCCUUGAUACCUUCUGCCCCAGCUGCCUCUGCUCUGUGGCUUUUCUGUAUUGCUCAGAGGUGCUGGCCCCAGGAAAAAGAGCCAGGCUGGUUUAUUUUAUUUUUUUAAUGAUAUUUAUUAAGAUUUCAAAGAAAAGAAUUACAUAAAUAAAAAGAAAGGGGAAAAAAUACAAAAAUAAAAAUAAAAGGAAAAUACAAAAUACAGAAAAAAGAUAAAAAACACUUAAAAAAAAAUAUCAGUCUUUCCAUGCCUUACAUUCAUUUCCUUGCUUCCCGGACCUCCUCAAACCUCCCUUUUUUGUAUUCCAAUUCAGUUAGUUAAUUCAGCAAUUUCUUUCCCUCUUUGUUUUUAUCUUAAUCCUUUAACUUAAUAUUUUAUAACUUUGGAUUCUCACCUGUUAACAGUCCAUUUUUACAUACACCUUUAUAACAUUGCUGCUUAAACCACUUAAGUUCAUUCUGACAUCAUUCUAACAUUCAUUAAUUUUGCAAUAUUUCUGUAAAUAGUCUUUAAAUUUCUUCCAAUCUUCUUCCACCGACUCUUCUCCCUGGUCUCGGAUUCUGCCAGUCAUUUCCGCCAAUUCCAUGUAGUCCAUCACCUUCAUCUGCCAUUCUUCCAGAGUGGGUAGAUCUUGUGUCUUCCAAUGCUUUGCAAUAAGUAUUCUUGCUGCUGUUGUGGCGUACAUAAAGAAAGUUCUGUCCUUCUUUGGCACCGUUUGGCCGACCAUGCCCAGGAGAAAGGCCUCUGGUUUCUUCAGAAAGGUAUAUUUAAAUACCCUUUUCAUUUCAUUAUAAAUCAUCUCCCAGAAAGCCUUAAUCCUUGGGCACGUCCACCAAAGGUGAAAAAAUGAACCUUCAGUUUCUUUACAUUUCCAACAUUUAUUAUCGGGCAAAUGAUAGAUUUUUGCAAGCUUGACUGGUGUCAUGUACCACCUGUAUAUCAUUUUCAUAAUAUUCUCUCUUAAGGCAUUACAUGCCGUAAACUUCAUACCUGUGGGAGCCAGGCUGGUUUAAAAGCAAACACCAGGAACCUAUUUUGUUUCAAAGCAAAAGGACAAAUCGGAGAGGUCGGUUUCAGGGCUGGGCAGGAAAACAAUCGGUCCAUUAAACUGGGCACACCCAGAAACUGCCCAGCAGAUAAGAUAAGAGCGCCUGGGUGCGAUCCGCGCCCAAUGCAGGGCGAAUGGCCAUGGGGGACCCGUGAGUCGCCCAGUAGUUUUGCACAGUCCAGAUGGAGCUGAACCAUUAGGGCGAAUGGGGCUGUGUCCCAUGGGUCUGCUCUCAGCCAAUCAGCUCCCUCGUCUUCAGCCUGGGAGGACUUGGGAGUGGGAGAAAAUGAGUGUCAUUUAGCUCCGCCCUUCACAGGCUCUGGCUCCGCCUUUCAUUGACUCUGGCUCCGCCUAUUAUUGGGCUCCUUUGCCAUCCUUUUCCAUCCUCCCAAUAGCAGAGGGUACCAGCUACACUCUGGUCCAGUCAGAGCUUCUCACAUUCCUGUGAGUCAUGACCUCAUUUUGUUUACCUGCAAGGUCACCUUGCCCCAUAUUUGCCCCCUUGGCCACUUCAUUCUGCGGAACCAAUCCUAUUAUUGGUGCCAUAUAAUAUACCUAUUUCACAACUGUAAGCACUCAGCCACUGAGAACGGCAGCAGCCAAACUUUGAAACUCCCUGCCGAUUGAUUUCAGGCAAGCAUCUUCGCUGUGCUCCUUUCAGCGCCUGAAAACAUUCUUGCUUAGAAAAGCCUGCCCAUAUAUUCAGAGAAGCUGAUGUGAAUUCUAAUCUGUUUUUAGUUUAUUAUCAUCUCAACUUCCUGAAAGUCUUAGGUUAUUAUUAUUAUUAUUAUUAUUAUUAUUAUUAUUAUUGAUGUUUUAAUUGCAUCUUUCUUGUGUGCUGCUUUGAGAUUUGCUUUGUUUUUUCACAAUCAAGUGGGGAGUACAUUUUAGCAAGUAAUAAUAAUAAUAAUAAUAAUAAUUUUUAUUUAUACCCCGCCCUCCCCAGCCAAGGCCGGGCUCAGAGCGGCUUACAAGCAAUAAUAAAAACAAGUUGAAUGAUUACAACUUAAAAACAAAAUUAAAAUACAACAUUAAAAUAUUGAAAUGUAGCCUCAUCGCAGGAGGAGAAGGAAAGGAAAAAAGAAAGAGAGGGAGGGAAAAGUAAAAGAAUAGUCACAUCUGUGUGCCUCCCAAAUAUGGGGGGUGUGUGAAAUGCGCUCUGCACAUGCUCAGAGACCAAUGUGCUCUUAUAUCUCCCAGGCCUGAGAACCUUGGUGUUUGAUGCUAUACACUCUUUUUUCCCCCACCCCACAAAAAAAACACACCAGGCGAUCGCCAUCGUCUGUGGCUUCCUCCUCGUGAUCCUCCUGUGUGUCAUCUGCUUCUUCGCCCACAAGACGCGUCAGAAGAUCUGGCAGUACGGAAAGCCCAACGUCUACUGGGACAAGCCCUUGGCGUUCCAGGAAGGACCCAACGUGGAGGAAUGGGUGAGUGUGGGGCUGUGUUUGGGGCGGAGGAGCUCUUCCACGACCCCACGAUCCAAACAUUCCCCUCCUCUCUCUCUCUCUCUCUCUCUCUCUCUCUCUCUCUCUCCCCUUCCUCUUCCAAAGGACAGUAGAGAAUUCAAGUGGAGAAAAGCUGGAGAGGAACCAUAGAACUGUAUAAUAAUAAUAAUAAAUUUUAUUUAUAUCCCGCCCUCCCCAGCCGAAGCCGGGCUCAGAGCGGCUAACAACACUAAAACAAUAAAACAUUCUAAAAUCAUUUCAUUAUAAAAUUAAUUCCAAUAAAAUUAAUGGCAACCAUUGGGCUAGAAGUUCUGUGAGGAUUGCCAAAGGAGGGAGUCAGGCUGUGCCCUGGCCAAAGGCCUGGUGGAACAGCUCCAUCUUGCAGGCCCUGCGGAAAGAUGUCAAGUCCUGCAGGGCCCUAGUCUCUUUUGACAGAGCGUUCCACCAGAUCGGGGCCACAACCAAAAAGGCCCUGGCUCUGGUUGAGGCCAGCCUAACUUCUCUGUGGCCUGGGACCUUCAAGAUGUUUUUGUUUGAAGACCGUAAGUUCCUCUGUGGGACAUACAAGGAGAGGCGGUCCCAUAGGUACGAGGGUCCUAUAGGGCUUUGAAGGUUAAAACCAGCACCUUAAACCUGAUCCUUUACCCCACCGGGAGCCAGUGCAGCUGGUAUAGCACCGGGUGAAUGUGAUCUCGCAGCGAGGACCCCAUAAGGAGUCUCGCCGCGGCAUUCUGCACCUGCUGGAGUUUCUGGGUCAGCUUCAAAGGCAGCCCCACGUAGAGCGAGUUACAAUAAUAUUUGGAAGGGACCCACAAGGGUCAUCUAGUCCAACCCUCUGCAAGGCAGGAAUCCUACCCACAGCCAUUCCUGGGGGGGCUCAAACCACCAACCUUCUGGUCAGCAGCAAGGCCCACUGACCCAUUCCGCCAUAGCAGCAUUCUUAGGAGGGCGGCUCUUUUGCUCUUUAAAAUGUGGCCCUCCUGAUCUCUCCAUCUGGCCCUCAGAAACCCCCUCCAGCCACACCCCCUAUCCUCAGGCCACACCCUCUCUCCUCAGACCACACCCCUCCCCAGCCCAGCUUCAUUGCUCCGCCCAUUUCCCCUUCUCUCCCCGCCCACCAGAGGCGUGUGACCUCUGGAAAGCUCAUUCGACGGCUUUUAUCAGCAAGGCUGAGCCAGAUAAAUCCAGUGGCUGAAUUGGCAACUGAUCCUAUUAAAUUUCCCAUGAGGACUAGAAACUUAUGUUGUUUUAACGUAGGGUUACAGCUCCACAGUCGAUCGUGCAUAAGGUCCCAUGUUUAACCCCCAAGACUCCCUCUAUGAAAGCCAAUCCUUUUUAAAAACCAUGCAAGUCGCUGGCCUCUUGUUAAAUUGUCACUGCCUCUUGUUAAAUUGUUUUGCAAAGGCGUCACCUGGUGGGAUUUCGGCCUGCGAAGUUCAACAGGGAGGGAAAUCUGUGUGUGACUGAAAGAGACUCUCGCUCUGCGCUAUUUGCUUGCGAUACCCUCUGGUUUCGGUUGCGUCAAUGAUUAACCAAGCUCCCGGUGCCCAUUUUACGCACAAUUUCAUGCUCUGAGAAUUCACGCCUGCCAAACGCUCUGCAGUUUGGGGCACCCCCAAAGCGGAGAGCAAGUCCGAGAAACCUUUGCCCAAUUUCAGGAGGGGUGGGGAGGCGGAAGACACCCCCCCCCCCCAGUUGUUGAGAUCCUUGCAGCAAAUUGCUGGAUGAGACUGACCUCAAACUUCUGCAGCCUCAAGAGUGCCGAGUCAGGAUUAGAGCGUGUAGAUCAGCCAAACCAGAGCAGAGAGGCCUGUACCAUAGCUCUCGAAUGGUACAGCCCCCACCUCACAUACAGAGUGCCACAGGUUUGCGCUCCCCCAGGGAUCUCCUUUGGAAAUGUAAUAAACGGAAACCUGCCCUUAUUCCCUUAUGGGGGACACAAGAACCCUUGUAGAGUUCUUUGCAGGUUCUCCUUCGGUUGGAGAAAAAUAACAGAGGCCAGCCAGAGAAUAUUGUGUCCGCCCUUAUUUAGACAUUUUAAAUUGCCUGCCCUGGAGUUCAAGACCACCCCCAGAAACAUCAUACCUACAUCACAGAAAGGGCUGUCUACAGCAGAAAUCUGAGUGCGUUGUCUGGCAGGUUACCUGUUAAUGCUUACUUGAUUGGAUUGCCUGGGGAGCCUGGCCAGUCUUUUGUAAUGAUAAAUACCUAGUUCCUGAGCCGUGUCACAGGCUCACACCCUAUUCAUAUCUUAAAUGUGCCCUUAAGACAGGAUUUGUGACGAAAGAGACAAUAGGGAGGUUUCCCACUUUGACCUUGCAGAGAAAUAUUUGAGGUCAAUUUGUUCAGGACUUUUUUUCUGUGGGGUUUCAGACAUGUGGUUUAUAUAUUUAUGUACGUGUUUGCUUGGUACAUUUAUGAACAUUUAUUACAUAUCUAAGACCUUAAAAUUCUUAUAAGAGAAAUAAUUCCAGGCAGUGAGUUGCUGAGUGAGUGGCCCCCAGAAAGAUUUCCUCAAGGGAAUGUGGCCCUCAUGAUGGAGGGGUGGGAAAGCCUCCUUGUCCCCACUGUUCACAGCUCAAUAAUAAACCUUGCAGUGCAUAAUUAGACUGCGGAACUCCUUCCCACAGGAGGCUGAAAUGGCCACUGAAAUGACAAAAGGAUUGGUUGGGUGCCUGGAUUCAUAAUUUACUUAAUUUACUCACCAGCAGGAGCAGCGUUUAAACUCACAAAAGCUGUAUAGCAUGGGAAUACUAAGCCCUUUUCAUAUCUUGUUUGGAUAUAUGCAAACAGAGCUCCCCUCUUUCUCUUGCAAUGAAAAGACCACAACGGUUAAGUAAGUUUAAAGCACUUUACUUACAAAACGUCAGAUUUGUGCAUUCAUCCAAGCAGCAGCAAGGAGAACACAGGCAGAAUACUCUUGGGUAGAAAAUAUAGGAGAGCUUCAAACGGAUGCUCAAAGCUUGGAGCUCGCUUAGGCACGUGUGCCUUGGUCAGUUCGGUGAGAGAGGGGGAACAGGAAGAGAAGGCUUCACUUCCUCCCUCAUUGGAGAGGAAGCUGAGUCUAGGACUCUACGUCUGUGGUCUUAACCCCUUCGUGCACUAACUAGUGCUUGUGUAUAGCUAUGUUUGACUGCAAUUUCCCACCGGCUCAGCAGAAAUAAUCAGAAUACUUGCUCAGCCAUGCACUGCUUGUACCGCAGAGCAGUACCUUGCGGAGAGUAAAGACCUCAAUCGGCUAUCCUCACUGAGUGUGCAUGGGGCGGGGGGCAAAGGAGGAAUUUGAGAAGGAAGUGCUUAAAAGGUUUUUCAGCAAAUCCAAGAAAACUUGCUUUGGUUUAGAUUUUUAAAAAAUGCAAAAGGUGCAUUCUUUGUAAUUUUGCAAAAUAGACUCAUUAACGGCAUGAAAGAUACUCCCUGAUGUUGAUUUUUAAAUUUUUAUUCCUAGUUUUCAAAUGGCUGCAGAUUUUGACGGCUUCUACUGAGCACUUGGGGGUCAAAAGAAAGAAAUCGAAAGCACCUGUUGUUGAGAUAUUUCAUUCCAGAUCUGCUAGACAGAGCUUGCAACAUUCCUGGAGGAGAGCGGGACAGGGGGAGUCCCACCUCAUUUCCUGGGGAAGGGGCUCAGUCCCAGAGUCCAGCGGGCAAGGAGCCAGUUAACCCUUUCCUCCCUGCCAAAAGGGCCUCCUUGUGGUUCAAGGAUACCCACGGGGACACGGAACAGAUAAGGCACGUAUCGGGACAUCCCGUGACUCCUUGUACAACAGGGGCAGAGAUAAGCAAGGAGUCAGGGACACGGUCUGCACACCACAGGCCAGCAGGUUGCAGCGUACAGGGAAAGGGGUUGCAUGUGUCAAAGAUGUUUCAGAACUCAAGGACAGAACAGACUUCACACGUUGUUCGUUUUCAUGCUCUUUGCUGGAAGAUCUGGUGAUCUGCGGCCUUUGAAAAUGUACCUCUGGCUUGAAUUCUCAUAGUAUCCCAGAACUGUGGAGAUGGAAGGGACCCUCAGGGUCAUCUAGUCCAGCCCGCUGCAAGGCAGGAAUAUGCAGCUGUCCCAUACGGGGAUCAAACCUGCAACCUUGGCGUUACCAGCACCACGCUCUGACCGACUGAGCUAUCCGGCCUCUUCACCCGAUUCCCAGAGCUCCCUAAGGAGAGGGAUUGAUGGUUGAACCCAGUGCUUUUUGGGGGGGGGAGACACAGGGGUACGCAUACCCCUAAACUUUUUGUGAACCUUUGUACUUUUGUCCAUUCACUGUAUUUAUUUUAUAAUAAUAAUAAUAAUAAUAAUAAUAAUAAUAAUAAUAAUAAUAAUUUAUUUAUACCCCGCCCAUCUGGCUGGGUUUCCCCAGCCACUCUGGGCGGCUUCCAAAAAAACACUAAAAUGCAAUAACCUAUUAAACAUUAAAAGCUUCCCUAUUUUCCCAAUCUGAACUAUAAAAUGGUGGUGCUCUUGAGUCGAAAUGAGAGUAACCCCUAAACAUUUUUUUUUUAGAAAAAAAGCAGUGGUUGAACCGUUCUGGGAACUGUAGCUCUGGGAGGCAGAAGAGGAGUCUUCUAGCACCCUUUAAGGAAACUAGAGUUCCCAAGAUGGUUUGCGGGGGGUGGGGGAGCCAUGUUUAAAGUGGCACAAUGCUUCUUUAAAUGCAAUAGGGCAGGUGGGGCCUGAAUAAUGUCUGUCGGUUCCGCUGGGUCUUCUCUGCAACAUUAUUUUGCUUUGACAGACGACUUCCUUAGACUGGCAGGAGAUCCUUUGAAGUCUCUGGAGCCCCAGGUGGUCGUGGCUCUGUAAAAAAGCCCGGAAGGAAAGGAGGAAAGGCGUGGGGAGGGGGAGAGAGAAGCAGCUGCACCCUCUGCCCCCAGUUGAAGUCAUUGCUGAGCAAAUAGUCUGCCCCCCAGAUGCAGAUCUCUGCCUGGUCAGGGAAGUCCAGCACGAGACUUGAAAUGCUCCCACGCCUCCCCCCAGCCCAGGCCGUUCCUCGUGAGGAAAUGCCACGGGUGUGAUCCGGCCUGCAGGUUUUCCAACAAAGACCCGGGCAUGUGUAAUAAACAAAAAUCUGCUCUUACAGUACAGUCAUACCUCGGGUAACAGCCUCUUCAGGUUGUGUUUUUUCAGAUUAGGUAAAGGUAAAGGUACCCCUGCCCGUACGGGCCAGUCGUGUCCGACUCUAGGGUUGUGCGCUCAUCUCACUCUAGAGGCCGGGAGCCAGCGCUGUCCGCAGACACUUCCGGGUCAAGCGGCCAGCGUGACGAAGCUGCUCUGGCGAACCGGCACCAGGGCAGCACACGGAAACGCCAUUUACCUUCCCGCCGGAGCGGUACCUAUUUAUCUACUUGCACUUAAGGGUGCUUUCGAACUGCUAGGUGGGCAGGAGCUGGGACCGAACGACGGGAGCUCACCCCUCCGCGGGGAUUCGAACCGCCGACCAUGCGAUCGGCAAGUCCUAGGCGCUGAGGUUUUACCCACAGCGCCACCCGCGUCCCUUUUUCCAGGUUACGGACCGCCAAAACCCGGAAGUACCGGAAUGGGUUACUUCCGGCUUUCGGCGGUCGCGCAUGCGCAGAAGCACUAAAUUGCGCUUUGCACAUGCGCAGAAGCACCAAAUCGCAACCCACGAGUGUGCAGACGCGCUGAUGUGGGUUACGAACGCUGCAGGUUGUGAACGUGCAUCCCGCAUGGAUCACGUUCACAACCCGGGCGUCCACUGUAUUCCCUUAUGGGGGACACAAGAGCCCUUAUAGAGUCCUUUGCAGGUUCUCCAUCGGUCGGAGAAAAUAACAGAGGCCAACCAGAGAAUAUUGAGAAGCAAAGCAGCUAGUAAGCCUGAUCUUUAUUGAACUGUUGCAACAGGGUGCCCCCUUCACACGCAGGAAAGGAGGAGGACCAAGAACAAAGGUGUGUCUGCCCUUAUAUAGACAUUUUAAAUUGCCCGCCCUGGAGCUCCAGACCACCCCCCACAAACAUCAUACCUACAUCACAGAAAAGGCGGUCUACAACAGAAAUUUGAGUGUGUUGUUGUUUUUCCUGUCUGCCAGGUUAUCUGAUAAUGCCUUAUCUGAUUGCCUUUCCUGGUAGUCUGCCCAUUCCUUUGAGAUAGGGAUUACCCAAUUCCUGAGACAAGGGGGAGGCUCCCCACCUCCUCCCUCCUUGCAGAGAAAACAUUUGGUCAGUUUGGGAGUCAAAAUGGUUUCAGGGCGGUCCUCCUGUGCUGAUCCAGACCUGUGGUCCACACAUCUAUGUAUGCGCUUGGUUGGUACAUUUAUGAACAUUUAAUAUACCGUAUUUUUUGGCCCAUAGGGCGCACCGGCCCAUAGGACGCACCUAGUUUUUUGGGGGGGAAAUAAAGAAAAAAAAAAUUAUUUCCCCCCCCCCCCCGCCCGAGCUUCUCCCGACCCCAGAACAGGCAGCUCUCCACAAGCCGGAUAGCUUCCUGAAGCCUGGAGACCCCUCUCACUCUCUAGGCUUCAGCGAAAGCCUGCAUUCGCCCCAUAGGACGCACACACAUUUCCCCUUCAUUUUUGGAGGGGAAAAAGUGCGUCCUAUAGGGCAAAAAAUACGGUGUAUAUACCGUAUUUUUCGCUCUAUAAGAUGCACCAGACCACAAGACGCACCUAGUUUUUCGAGGAGGAAAACAAGAAAAAAAAUAUUCUGAAUCUCAGAAGCAAGAACAGCAAGAGGGAUCGCUGCGCAGUGAAAGCAGCAAUCCCUCUUGCUGUUCUGGCUUCUGGGAUAGCUGCGCAGCCUGCAUUCGCUCCAUAAGACGCACACACAUUUCCCCUUACUUUUUAGGAGGGAAAAAGUGAGUCUUAUAGAGCAAAAAAUACGGUAUAUGACCUUAGAUUUUUUAUUUCACAUGGAAGAAGCAGCUAAAAAGCAGGAAGAAAAAAGGGACCCUCAAGGGUCAUCCAUUCCAACCCCCUGCACUGCGGGCACUGCAGCUAAAGAAUCCCUGACAGAGUUGGACCAUGCAAACUAGUCCCUGUCACCUUUAACCCAACUUGUUGAGAACAGGCAAAUCUACACCUGUCCAGAUUUUGUCAUGCGGUUCCACAGCCAAGUAAUCUGUACGGAAAUGCAUACACUGAGGGGAAGUGUGUCAAAGAAUGCAUUUUUAAACAUUUUUUUAAAAAAAUAUGCAUUGUAUUAGGGAACUUGCUUUGCAAAAAGGAAAAACAAACAAACAAGUGUCUGGAUACAGAGAACUGCACCCAAAUUCUGGUGAAUUUUCAUGACAACUUUUUAUUAAAAAACAAACCAGAAGCAGUGGCGGUAAUUUUAUUUUAUUUAUUUGUUGCAUUUAUAUCAUGGCUUCCCCCUUCCUCGUUUGAUCCCCACAACAGGUCACCCUGGGGGUUUCAUGGCAGAGUAAGGAUUCAAACCAUGGUUUGCCAGCUCCUUAGUCCAACGCUCUAACCAGGAUGUGGCAGGGAAAGGUGAAAAUUUGGAAUUAUUCGCCCAUCCUUACCUGAGAGGCAACACCAUGUCCCAGAAGGGCCCCGAUCCAGGGGAAGGUUUCAGCCGGCACCAAAACGACGCCUUUCGUUCCUUUCGCAGGUGAAGAAUGUCACCGACGGGGCCAGCACCCACGAUGAGACAGCAACCCUGAACUACUCCGAAAAGCCAAUGAGCCCCACUCAUGCCCCAGCCAGCCCCUACAACUACAAGGUCUCCGGGAAUGGCUACUACCCAGGUGAAAGCCAGAGCAGGUGAGCAGAGAAAACUGAGUUGUUUUGAGUGGUGCACUGUGAAGAAAAGAGGUUGUUUUUCUCCCUCUUGCAUAAUGCUAGAUUUGCGGUGGAAUAACGGGGUUAAACAUGUAUCGUUAAACUGUGGAACUCUCUGCCACAGGAGGCAGCAACCGGCCACCGAUAUUGAUGGCUGUAAAAAGAGGAUUGGACAAAGUCAUGGGGGAGGAGGGGGCUAUCAAGAGCCACUAGCCAGGAUGGCUUCACCGUCACAGCUGGAAGCAGUGAGGCUUCUGAACCGUAGGCACAGGAAGGGAGUGUGUUCAGGUCUUGGGUUCAGGUUCCGCUUGCAGUUUAACUCUGCGCUUAAAAAAACACUUGUAGGAUUUGUUGUCGUUAUUAGCUGGGUGGCUCAGUGGGUAGAGCACAAGACUCUUAAUCUCAGGGUCGUGGGUUUGAGCCUCUUGUUGGGGAAAAGAAUCCUGCAUUGUAGGGGGUUGGGAUAAAUGACCUUCGUGCGUCCUCUACGAUUCUACGAUAUCAAGAACAACGGAAACUGUGAGAAUGAUCAGGUACAUACCUGAGAGUAAAUCCUAUUGAACUCAGUGGGACUUACAGUAUAUCUGAGUAAAAAUGCUUUGAAUUGCAGCAUAGUCUUUACCCAGUUACCUGGGAGUAAAGGUAAAGGGAGGUAAAGGGUGCUCAGCUUGCUUUACUGGCCGAGGGAGCCGGCGUACAGCUUCCAGGUCAUGUGGCCAGCAGGACUAAGCCGCUUCUGGCGAACCAGAGCAGCGCACGGAAACGCCAUUUACCUUCCCGCCGGAGUGGUGCCUAUUUAUCUACUUGCACUUUGACGUGCUUUGGAACUGCUAGGUGGGUAGGAGAAGGGACCGAGCAACGGGAGCUCACCCCAUCGCAGGGAUUCGAACCGCCGACCUUCUGAUCGGCAAGUCCUAGGCUCUGUGGUUUAACCCACAGCACCACCCGCAUCCCUACCUGGGAGUAAGCUCCAUUGAAUACAGUGGGACUUACUUCUGAGUAGGCAGCGUGAGGCUCCCUUUACGAUAAAGGGAUCAACACUCCACGUUUCCUAAUAAUUGGCUGAGUGUGGAAGCAUUGCAAUAAAAUGUGUCCGGUAGAUUUGUUACAGUGUUCCUUCAAAAUUAUAGGAAGGAAUUCGUAUGCCAGUUUCAACAUUUACUUCAUUUGGUGCAGGGAUUUCAUUAUCUCCCUUCCUUCUGCCCUAAAGGUAAAGGUACCCCUGACAUUAGGUCCAGUCGUGGCCAACUCUGGGGUUGCAGCGCUCAUCUCGCUUUAUUGGCUGAGGGAGCCGGCGUACAGCUUCCGGGUCAUGUGGCCAGCAUGACUAAGCCGCUUCUGGCAAACCAGAGCAGCGCACAGAAAUGCCGUUUACCUUCCCGCUGGAGUGGUACCUAUUUAUCUACUUGCACUUUGACGUGGUUCCGAACUGCUAGGUUGGCAGGAGCAGGGACCAAGCAACGGGAGCUCACCCCGUCGUGGGGAUUCAAACCACCAACCUUCCGAUCUGCAAGUCCUAGGCUCUAUGGUUUAACCCACAGCGCCACCCGCGUCCCCAAAGGACAUUCACCGUUUCUAAACUACUCUUUAUUUACACUAUACAGUGGUACCUCGGGUUAAGAACUUAAUUCGUUCUGGAGGUCCGUUCUUAACCUGAAACUGUUCUUAACCUGAAGCACCACUUUAGCUAAUGGGGCCUCCCACUGCCACUGCGCCGCCGCUGCGCGAUUUCUGUCCUCAUCCUGAAGCAAAGUUCUUAAUCCAAGGUACUAUUUCUGGGUUAGCGGAGUCUGUAACCUGAAGCGUCUGUAACCGAGGUACCACUGUAUUACACAGAAACAGAAUCAUGGUGCUCUCUCAUCCAGCUCCGAGAGAGAACAGGCAAAAGUGAAAGUACAUCACAUAAUACAUACAGAUAGGACAAUAUCCAGUUCUCACGCUUCCUCUCAGACAGACCGUGUGAUUUCCACUAAUCACAAAAUGCAACCUCGAAGGAGUGAAAUUGUUAACAAGCCUGUCGUAAGCGCUGGCGCCCCCUGCUGUCGAGCUCCCUUCCUCCUGCCCUAUGAGUCCUCAGAGGGCAGCCACCGUUUCCCAGCUGACUCCAGCUUUUCUCAUGUAUAACUUUGGGGUCUCCUCUCCAGCCCACCUUCCUACACGCAGACCGCCAACCCCCCCUGGACCUUCAGCUCCAGCACGCUGGAAGGAAACGCCCGGGAGAGCGCCAGCAAGCCCUCCGGCCGCAAAGGGCGUAGGCGGAGGAGGAACCCCGAACUUGAGGAAUCGCAGUACGAGACCGACUACACCACGGCCGUGGAGUCCGGAGACGAGCGGGACCAGGACGACUGGAAGAGGUGAGCUGCAAUAUCUAUUUGCUUCAGCGGUUCUGAAAGGGUGUGGCACCCAGGGGUGGGUUUGGGGAUUCCGAAUUCCAGCAGCACCCAGCACGACACCAAAAUUCACCUGCCUCCAGACUUCCGUUCCAAGUCAUUGUUGACUUCAAGUGAUGUUUCCGCCCAGUACAUUUGCAGGCACAAAUCAAAGUGUUGGUGCUGACUUUUGAAGCCCUAAUCCAGGGGUCCUCAAACUUUUUAAACAGGGGGAUGGUUCACUGUCCCUCAAACACUGCCGGGGGCCGGACUAUAGUUUUUUAAAAAUGCGUAUUUACGUGGAAGUCGCUCCCCUAUUUUUUUACUCAGGAGUAGACCUGUUGACAUGAGUGGCCAGGCCUAACCCGGGUCCGUUCAUUCCAACGGGCCUGCCCUCUGCGUAAAAGUUAAGUUGGCAUCACAUCCCACCAGAGCGCAACAACUCCUGGGUAAGGGCGCACCAUGCAGUGGUCACAACAAUAUUGUGGCAAAGUCUCUGCGUAAUCGCCAGCUCCGUGCAAGCGCCACACAAAUCUUUUUGCAACGAUCAUCCCCUCCACUUUGAAUGCUCCGCGCACCGCCUCCGCUCUGCACCGCACCGGCAUUUCCCCUGAGUGCAAAUCCAAACGUCGCAGCUUCAGAUUGGCUGCAGGAACUUCAUGCAGCCAAUCCGAAGCUGCGGCAGCAUCACCGCCCGCCCAGAUGCCAUGCCAGCAUCACGAAAGUCUGCACAGUGAGGCAUCUGCAGGGCGUGGGGACUGACUGAGCGGGCAGCAGGGUCCGCGGGCCGGAUUUGCAAGCCUGGGGGGCCGCAUCCGGCCCCCGGACCGUAGUUUGCCAACCCCUGCCCUAAACAGCUUCGGCCCUGUAUACCUGAAGGAGCAUCUCUACCCCGGGUCCGUCUCUGAGCACCUUCUGGUGGUUCCUACACUGGCAGAAGUGAAGCUACAGGGAACCAGACAGAGGGCCUUCUCGGUGGUGGCACCCGCCCUGAGGAAUGCCCUCCUGUCAGAUGUCAAGGAGAUGAGUAACUACACAACCUUUAGAAGACUUCUGAAGGCAGCCCUGUAUCAGGAGGUUUUUUAUGCUUGCUGUUUUUAUUAUGUUUUUAGGUUAUGCUGUAAGCCGCCCGGAGUGGCUGGGGAAACCCAGCCAGAUGGGCGGGGUAUAAAUAUUAUUAUUAUUAUUAUUAUUAUUAUUAUUAUUACCCUCACCGGUUAUAUGAAUGGUUGUUCAUUGCACACCUUCACCCCUUUUCCACCAGUGACAAAAUCGCUCUGGAGAUCAAGGUGGGUGAGAGAAGGUUGGAUUGGUGAUGUUACGGGUACUAGCCAUGAUGUGCUGAGCUCUGUCUGCUCUUCAAAUGAUCAUAGGAAGCUGUUAGAGUACAGGUCCAACCAGCUCAAUAUUGUCUAUGCUAACUGGAAGCAGCUCCCAGCCCUACCACUGGGGAUUGAGCCUGAGGCCUUCUAGAGAAGCUUAUAAAGCUGGAUUCUUGAUGUUUUUAUAUGUGUUGGAAGCUGCCCAGAGUGGCUGAGGCAACCCAGUCAGGUGGGUGGGCUACAAAUAAUAAAAUUAGUAGUGGUGUGCCCCCAUCAAGGGAAGGAAGGCACUGAAUCAUGGGUAGGCAAACUAAGGGGGCUGGAUCCGGCCCAAUCGCCUUCUCAAUCCGGCCCGCCGACGGUCCCGGAAUCAGUGUGUUCUUACAUGAGUAGAAUGUGUGCUUUUAUUUAAAAUGCAUCUCUGGGUUAUUUGUGGGGCAUAGGAAUUCGUUCCUUUUUCCCCCCCUUCAGAAUAUAGUCCGGCCCCCCACAAGGUCUAAGGGACAGUGGACCGGCCCCCUGCUGAAAAAGUUUGCUGACCCCUGUACUAAAUUAAAGUUUUCUUCUGUGCUGGCAAACACUUUGCUGUUCCCAAAUGGUCGCCACACCACAAUAGGGCCAUGUGUAUGUUUUCAAAGCAAGGCAUUCCUCACCAACCCCACCACAAAAUGUGGGUUUCUCUUCCGUCCCCCAUAGCCUGUAUCCGCCAAUCACGUCGGACAGCGUCCGCCAGGACUACAAGCAAGAGUUUGACGCCGACCUCAAGCGGUACAAAGUGCUGUGCGCUGAGAUGGAUGCCAUUAAUGACCAGAUCAACCAGUUGAGCAAACAGCUGGACCAUCUGCCUGAAGACAGCCUGCAGUACCAGGUAGGUUGUCCCGUCCCCCGUCCCCCCGGGCACCCGGAGCAAAGGAUUGUGGGUAGAAAUAAGGAAGAAUCAUAGAAUCAUAGAGUUGGAAGAGACCACAAGGGCCAUCGAGUCCAACCCCCUGCCAAGCAGGAAACACCAUCAGAGCACUCCUGACAUAUGGUUGUCAAGCCUCUGCUCAAAGACCUCCAAAGAAGGAGACUCCACCACACUCCUUGGCAGCAAAUUCCACUGUCGAACAGCUCUUACUGUCAGGAAAGGCAAUAUGGGCAAGCACUCAGUUCUGCGGAGACAGAAAAGGUAGGGAUAUACCGUAUUUCUCGCUCCAUAAGACGCAACAGACCACAAGACGCACCUCGUUUUUGGAGGAGGAAAACAAGAAAAAAAAUAUUCUGAAUCUCAGAAGCCAGAACAGCAAGAGGGAUCGCUGCGCAGUGAAAGCAGCGAUCACUCUUGCUGUUCUGGCUUCUGGGAUAGCUGCGCAGCCUGCAUUCGCUCCAUAAGACGCAGACACAUUUCCCCUUACUUUUUAGGAGGGAAAAAGUGAGUCUUAUAGAGCAAAAAAUACGGUAAAUGCAGACAAGGAAUAAAUUCGUAUAUUCGUGAAAAUGGCAAAGGUGGAUUAUACAGGGGCAGGUUGCCUUGCAAAACAGGGUCUGUUGGGUGAAAUUGCUUUGGAGAAAUGUGUGGAGCGGGAGGUAUCGUAGAGCUAAAGGGGACCACAAGGGUCAUCCAGUCUAACCCCCUGCAAUGAAGGAAUCGUAAUGCCCAACGUGGCGCUUGAACCCACAACUUUGAGAUUAAGAGUCUCGUAUUCUACCAGGGAUACUGGGAUUGGAUACCUUCCCACCAGGGCUUCCUUUAGAACAGGCAUAGGCAAACUCGGCCCUCCAGAUGUUUUGGGACUACGAUUCCCAUCAUCCCUAGCUAACAGGACCAGUGGUCAGGGAUGAUGGGAAUUGUAGUCCCAAAACAUCUGGAGGGCCGAGUUUGCCUAUGCCUGCUUUAGAAUAAUAAUGAUUGCAGACUGACAUGGAAAUGUGGAGAGCUGUACUUAGGAUGGUGAAAACAGAGAGAGACCGAGAGUGCAUUACCAGGGAUGCCCUGAGAUAGACUGCUCAUGAACAGGGAGGUUCCACAUACAGGACUCUCCUGACUUUGACAUCUUUCUCCCGCAGGGGGUGGCUGAAGAAUACAACCGGCUGAAGGACCUGAAGCGCGUAAGUGACACGCUUUCCUGCCUCCCCAAAGGGGCCGGGGAAAGAGCUGUAGCCUCUGCAUGUUGGAGCGGCCAGCAUGCCCAAUGGUCAGCAACGAUGGCAGAGUGGUGGAGGCCAGCAAUACCAGGAGGACAGUGGCUUCACCACUCCUGAUCUAUGCUUCUUACGGCCAAAUCCACCCACAGGCCCCUUGUGCACUAAAGGAGGAUUGGGAUGUGGGGGAAAGACAGAGCCUUUGUUUUUGUCCUCACGAUGGCCAAAUACCCCAAAGAACCUAGGAAUCCAGGUAGACUGCACCGGGACCUGGAGGUUCCAUUAGAACGUCAGAAGGCUGCUGGAUUCAGCUCCCACAAUAGGCCAGCACCAACAGUGGCCAAAUAAUCCUGAGAAACUGAAUCCACCCAAGUUGGUGGCCUCCUGGAAUUUGGUUUUAUAGAUGCUUUAGCUGAGAUUCCUGCAUUGCAGGGGGUUGGACUAGAGGACCCUCGGGGUCCCUUCCAACUCUACAAUUCUAUGGCACUAGGAAGGUCUCUUCCAACUCUACUAUUCUGUGAAAAGCUGGGUUGAGAAAUAUAUUUUAAUCUGAGGCCCGAGCGAGAACACUGCGAAUUGUGUUUUGUUUCCUAACGCGUUUUCCUCGCAAAUUCACGCCGCAGACUCCCGACUACCAGAGCAAGAAAAUGGACAGCAAGUCUCUACGGAACAAGCUCUUCCACAUCAAGCGGAUGGUCAGCGACUACGACAAGAGUCGGGCGUAACCUGGACAGGGGGACGAGGCAGGCAGCUGCGGGGGGCAGAUCAACGCUCCCGUUUUCUGCAGAAUUUGACCCCUGAAACAAGACAAGCAGGGAUGCUUUCUUUCAGCUGUACAUAUGUCAAGAUGACCUCUUUUAUCCAUUCCCGUGCCAAUUUUGCAAAACCAUUUUUUAAAAAAACAACUCCGUUUUCUUGGGACCCUGGAACUCUGAACAUGCAUGGGGGGGAAAUCCAGGAAGUAGAAGAAACAGAACUUACAAAUCUUCAUUUAGACAGAGCACUUUCUUAUUUUGGGUGCCAAAGAGAUUUUUUUUUUAAAAAACCGUGGGUUGUACCCACCUAAGCCCAAGGAACAUCGGGCGCUGCCUUCCCACCCCCCACCCCAAGUCAGGCCAUGGGAGUACAUCUAGUUUAGUAUUGCCUAUUCUGACUGGCAGCAGCUCUCCAGGCAUUUAGGCAGGUGCCUGGGGAUGCCAGGAAUUGAACCCGGACCCUCUGCAUACGAAGUGGGUGCUCUGUAACGUAAGAGCUAGCCCUUCCUAUAAAAGCAAGCGAGUUUCUUGUGGGAGCUGCCUUAUCAUGAGCCAAGCUACAACAUCCCAUCUAGUUUAGUGUAGCCUACACUGACUGGCAAGGGACGUGGGCAGCCCUGUGGGUUAAACCACAGAGCCAAGGACUUGCCGAUCAGAAGGUCGGCGGUUCGAAUCCCUGCGACGGAGUGAGCUCCCGUUGCUCAGUCCCUGCUCCUGCCCACCUAGCAGUUCAAAAGCACCUCAAAGUGCAAGUAGAUAAAUAGGUACCGCUCCGGCAGGAAGGUAAACGGUGUUUCCGUGCACUGCUCUGGUUCGCCAGAAGUGGCUUAGUCUUGCUGGCCACAUGACCCAGAAGCUGUACGCCGGCUCCCUUGACCAGUAAAGCGAGAUGAGCGCCGCAACCCUAGAGUUGUCCACAACUGGACCUAAUGGUCAGGGGUCCCUUUACCUUUUACACUGACUGGCAGAAGCAAGGGUCUUACUCCAGGCCUGCUGGGAAACCUUUUGCAUGAAAAGCAUGUGUUCCGACUUGGAGCCACAACUCUUUCCCAUCGCCCACGUAUUCAGAGUAGACCCACUGAAAUCAAUGGUCCUACAUCGGCCAUGCCCAUCCCUUUCACAACGGAGGCAUAGCUGGAUGCAACCCUGAUCCUGUGCUCUUUAAAAAGCACUGUACAAAAUUACUUUAAACAAGGGUUGCGUAGCCAUCACCACAUUGCUUGCGCAGAACGCAGCCCAGGGGUGAAGAUGGAGGCUCACCGAUCUCCCAUGCCUGGGUUAUCAAUUGAGAAGAGCAUGGGUUCGUGGGUUCGAGCCCUAUGUUGGGCAAAAGAUCCUUGCAUUGCUGCGAGUUGGACUAGAUGACCCUAGGGGUCCCUUCCAGCUCAACAUUAGCUGAAUCUUGAAUCAGCUCCCACCCACCCCAAACGAUAGGAUUUCAUGCCAUUGUGUGCGUUGCACUUCCCUGAGGGGCAAAGGAGUUAAACAGCAGCCAAGAAUAAUUCUUAAACUUUUCGCCAGUGUUUCUGCCGCGUUUUCAUCUAAUUUGUUCUCCCUUCCCAAGUGAAGCCGGUGUGCUGAUAAACCCAUCACCCGUCUUCCUUAGGAAAUUCCCAAACAUCUUGGCAGUUUCAUCAUUAUCUCCGCACACCAAUAUAAAGGUAAAGGGACCCUUGACCAUUAGGUCCAGUCGCGGACAACUCUGGGGUUGUGGCGCUCAUCUUGCUUUAUUGGCCGAGGGAGCCGGCGUACAGCUUCCGGGUCGUGUGGCCAGCAUGACUAAGCUGCUUCUGGCAAACCAGAGCAGCGCAUGGAAACGCCGUUUACCUUCCCGCCGGAGUGGUACCUAGUUAUCUACUUGCACUCUGGCAUGCUUUCGAACUGCUAGGUUGGUAGGAGCAGGGACCGAGCCAUGGGAGCUCACCCCGUUGCAGGGAUUCGAACCGCCAACCUUCCGAUCGGCAAGUCCCAGGCUCCGCGGUUUAACCCACAGCGCCACCCGCGUCCCUUCCGCACACCAAUAUACCUGCUGAUAAAACUUUUGGGGGGAACGGGACGUUCUUGACGCACGUCCGAAAACGGCGAGUGGUGUUGCAAUUUCACAUGCACAGAAAAUCCAGAGAGGGGCUUUGCUUAGCCAAGUUUCAACUCAGCGGGAAAGAUCGGGUUUUGGCAAGGCACGCAGCGAAUGGCAAGAAAACCUCAGACCCGGGGGAAUUAAUUGGCACACAAAAGAGUAAAAAUAUAGAGAAGUCAAAGUGUGAAUAGUGGGUAGGGGGGGCGUACGAUCCCAAAACAGAGAAACACCCCCCAGCUAUCAGGUGGCAGACUCCCGAAUAUUCACCCCCAUUGAUGUAGGUUCAAAACAAACUGUCCAGCGACCCAUCUACUGACUCAUUCAGCAUUGUAAAUAUACGACCCCAUUUAUGCAUGUUUGGGGGGUUUAUCGAUUUGAGUGUGGGGCAGCUGGGGGUUUCAGAGGGGCUGGGGAGGGGGGUAACCAGUUGUGUGUGUGUGUGUUUUUAAUAGUUCCUUUAAUAAAAGUGGGGAAUGCUGGCUGUGGAGAUCCAGGUGUGUUUUGUAGCCAUUUGAGAUAAAAUUGCAGAGCUGAAAGGGCCCCCUGGGGGUCAUCCAGACCAACCCCUCACCCUGCGAUGACAGAGGAUUCCCGAAAGAUGUCGGCUUUCUCUGGAUUAAACUUAGUACGUGGGAGCGCUGGUUGUUCAGAAGAUUCACUGUCUCCAAAUAGCUUUCUCCUCUGUGAAUUUGUCCAGUCCUCUUUUAAAGCCUUCUAGCCUGCUUCCUGUGGCAGGACGUUCCACAGUUUAACUUUGUGCCGCAGGAAGGACUUUACCUGUGCUGAAUCGUCUUAAAACAAUGACACCACUUCUCCCCACCCCUUUCCACUCCAAUAAACACAAACCAACCACU